AUGGCCGAAAACUCGGAAGCAUCUGUUGAUUCCACAACUAAAGGCCUCCGUCACAGAAACACUCCCAUGGGUACAACCAGCGGAAAUGAGGCCAGGCAAACCGUCUUGGAGCUUAACGCGCUUGAAGAAAAGUCGUCGAAAGCUGAAAAGGACAGAAAGACAUUUGGCCGCACUCCAGAUGGCACUGUUUUCACUGUCCCCCAGACACAUGACAUGGUCUCGCAGCUUCUAUCGCCCUCAGACCCGAAGAACGUGUCGGACCUCCUGGUCCUUGCCAUUCUGUUGCUGCAAAUCCUCCUUGCUUGGGCUCUGCCGUUGACGUACAGAAAACUGGUCCUUGCCGCCAUUUUCUUGUUCUGGAGGGCCGCCUAUAACAUAGGUAUUGGCUACCUCCUCCAUAUGCAGUCUCAUCACAAGACGCUUGUUCGAUGGGCCCGUAGGUCCAAGUUGUUCCCUGUGGCCUCCAAUGGCGAGAAUCCUCAUCCCAGACUCCGCGCCUUUAUCAAACGAGAGCUGGAAACAAAAAUCCCAAAGGACUAUGACUUCGACACUGCACCCCUCGAGUACAACACCUGGCUGGUCUUUCGCCGUGUCGUCGACCUGAUAUUGAUGUGUGACUUUGUCUCUUAUAUGCUUUUCGCCAUGGCUUGCGGUCAUAGAUCGGUUGCCGAGUCAGUGUUCAUGACCGUAUUCCGUUGGUCUACCGGUAUUUCCCUGUUUGCUUUCAAUCUCUGGGUUAAGCUGGACGCCCACCGAGUGGUCAAAGACUUCGCCUGGUACUGGGGCGACUUCUUCUUCCUGAUCGACCAAGAAUUGACUUUCGACGGAGUCUUCGAAAUGGCCCCUCAUCCCAUGUAUUCCAUAGGAUAUGUUGGUUACUAUGGCAUUUCCCUCAUGGCCGCUAGCUACAAAGUUCUUUUCAUCUCCAUUAUCGCGCACGCUGCCCAAUUCGCGUUCCUGGUGAUGGUCGAGAGUCCCCAUAUCGAACGCACCUACAACUCUCCGCCUCCACGGAAAUCAAUCAACGAUUUGCCGGCCGAGAUGUCAAGACCUGAGCAAUCCUCGACUGCAGAAAUCUGGCCAGCCCUUGCCCACGCGCAACCACCCCAAACGCACAAUCUACUGGGCAUUCACAACAUUGAUUUCUAUCGGACGACUGAUUCGGCGAUAUUUAUCAUCCAGCUCUAUGUCUUUGCACUGACCAUGCUUACGCCGAACACCACACUGAUUCAGACACUCUUUGUGAUCAAUGCAGCUGCUUGGCGCAUCUGGUACUCGCUUGGUCUCGGCUAUUUGCUUAAUCGGCAAUCGUCGAAGAAGAAGUGGACCAGACACUUUCUGAAAUAUGGCGAGAGUACUUGGGAGGCCUGGAGACAAUGGAAAGGAAUAUAUCAUCUGAGCAUGACCACCUGUUAUGCAGCUUUCGCGGCAGCUGCUUGGAAGAUGUACGCCAUCCCAGACAACUGGGAUUAUGGCUUGGUCCUGCUGAAGCACGUCGUCGGUCUAAGUCUGAUCUGCCUUCAAAUAUGGGUGUCAUUCAGCAUCUACGAUCAGUUGGGAGAGUUUGGCUGGUUCUUUGGGGACUUCUUCUUUGACCAGCACCCCAAAUUGACAUACGGCGGCAUUUAUCGCUUUCUCAACAACCCAGAGCGGGUUCUAGGUCUAGCAGGGGUCUGGGGCGUGGCUCUCAUCACCAGCAGCAAAGCAAUCUUCUGUCUGGCCCUUUUGAACCACACAUUGAGCCUGGCAUUCAUUCAAUUUGUAGAGAGACCACAUAUGCAAAAGCUGUACGGAAGAAGUCUCCGACAAGAUGCAGGGUUGGUCAGGAGUCUACGACGAUCGCUUCCACCACCUCUACGACAGUGGCAAGACGGCAUGGAUAAGAUGCUGACCGAAGCUGCUGAUGUUCUAGAAGAAUUCUUCGAUGCGGCAAGACCAAAACUGGCGGCCGGCGUGACCAGCAUCGUACAGGAUACGAAGAAGUUGCUCCCUAAAUACACGGCGCGCAUCACCAUAACGAAAGUGGACCCUGAAAUAGUUGGACUGGACCCGAGAGAUUACAAGCUUGAAAUUGAAGGCACUCCAGCAUCGGCCCUGGCAGAUUCACAGCGAUUCAGUGACAAGGAGGCGGAACAGGCCAGGACGCCGGCUGAACGGACCAAUGACUUCAAGCCACUUUUAUUCGAAUAUGGUGCUCCAAUCAAGGUCAAGUGGACUGCACCUCUUAAUCACGGCAAGAAAGACUGGGUCGGGUUAUACAUGGUUUCAGACAACAGCUCUAGAGAAGUCACGCGAGUAUCCUCGGCAGGGAGGUGGGUUGCAACAAACCCUCAAGAGUACGAUAUUGUCGACUCGGAGGUCGGAAUCAUCUCGAGCGACGUGAAAACAACCAUCACCUCAGAAGACGGGAUCGAGAAGGAAUGCUAUACGGGCGAGUUGCUUUUCGCAGGCGACAAAUUGUGGUGGACACAGAAUGUGUUUGAGUUCCGGUACCAUCACAACGGGAAACACAAUGUCAUGGCCAUCUCGCUUCCUUUCGAGGUGCGGAUCCCGCGCUUCAGUGAUGACGAGCUCGGAGGCCUCGACUCCAACUUCUCUGUAUCCAAUUUGAGAUCUACACAGAACGACGCCCUCAUCCGCCAUGCAAUCGAGAAGGCCCUGCUCCCCGUCGUGCAGAACUGCUUUGACCGCAACCCGGAGAUUGCGCCGAGCACUACGUCAGAGCCUUUCGGUAGCGUAGUCGACCGUGACGGCAAAUAUGCUACGAGGGUGGUGUACGCGGUGCAUCAGAUGUUCGGGAUUGAGUUUGCCCCGGAGGUCGUGAAGGCGGAUGGCAAGAUCGAGAAUCUGGCAUGGCGGAUUUGGGAGGCGAAGAAAGUCCUGGCCCCGUUGAAUAUGUCUAGGUCUAGAGGCACCACGACUCCGGAAGAACGGUCCUAG